AAGAAUGAAUGAUGUUGCAGACAUGAGAAGUGUAAUAAAUAUGGUGGAGGAAGAUAAAACAAAAGAUGGAAUGAAAGUGAAAGACAAUAAUAUUGAUAAUGAAGUAAUGAUGUGGGGAAUGAAUAUUCAUAUGAAUAAUGAAAAUGAAGAGGACAUUAUUAAGACAUUCGGAGACAAAGCAAUACAA